UUUAUAAUUUUAUCAUAUAUUUAAUUAAACCGGUUGAACCUCUGAACCAUUGAACCAGUCACUCUACCGGUUCAUUGACCGGUUCGGUUCUCGCAACCUUGGUUUGGAGUUUGUACUGAAAAAAAAACGGAUAUAUCCUCCGUCGGAGUUGUCCUCAACAGCGCCACAGAAUGGGGGCAAUAGGGGUUGCUGCUGCUGCUGCCAUAUCUAUUGCACCAAAAGUAGCCAAGCACCUACGUCUCAAUCUCAACUCUUUUCUCACCACAUUCCCUAAAACCACCAUCACCACAACCACCAUGCCUCUCUUCCCCCGCUGCCGCCACUGCCUUUCUUCUUCCCUUUCUCCCCCCUUCUCCACCCGCUCCUUCUGCACCGCCACCCUCCAAUCCAGCGAUGCUGCCGCCACAGCACACACUAAAGUUGGAGAAUUUCGGAGGAAGCUGAAGGUGGCUGAUGUGAAGGGUGGGCCAGAUCAAGGGUUGGAUAAGCUUGGCCAGAGUCUUGUCAUCACGGGUUGGGUCCGCACUCUUCGUGUUCAGAGCAGCGUUACCUUUGUUGAGAUUAAUGAUGGUUCCUGCCUUUCUAAUAUGCAAUGUGUGAUGGAUUCGGGAGCAGAAGGUUAUGAUCAGGUUGAAUCUGGUUCGAUUACGACUGGUGCAUCUAUUUGGGUGCAAGGAGUUGUGGUGGAGAGCCAAGGAUCCAAGCAGAAAGUGGAAUUAAAAGUCAACAAAAUAGUAUUGGUUGGCAAGAGUGAUCCUUCCUUUCCCAUCCAAAAGAAAAGAGCGAGCAGAGAAUUUCUAAGAACAAAAGCGCAUCUUCGACCAAGAACAAAUACUUUUGGUGCAGUUGCAAGGGUUAGGAAUGCGCUGGCAUAUGCUACCCACAAAUUCUUCCAAGAGAAUGGGUUUAUUUGGGUUGCAAGUCCUAUUAUCACUGCUUCAGAUUGUGAGGGAGCGGGUGAACAGUUUUGUGUUACUACAUUGAUACCAAAUUCUCAUGAAACUGCUGAUUCUCCAGUCGAUGCCAUUCCAAUGAAUAAUGGAUUGAUUGAUUGGUCGCAAGACUUUUUUGGUAAACCAGCAUUUUUGACUGUUUCAGGCCAACUCAAUGCUGAAACUUAUGCUACUGCUCUUUCUGAUGUAUAUACAUUUGGUCCCACUUUCCGAGCAGAAAAUUCUAAUACGUCAAGACACUUGGCUGAAUUUUGGAUGAUUGAGCCGGAACUUGCUUUUGCUGAUCUAAAUGAUGACAUGGCUUGUGCUACUGCCUAUCUUCAGUCUGUAAUUAGAUAUGUUCUUGAUAACUGCAAGGAAGACAUGGAGUUUUUCAAUACAUGGAUUGAUAAGGGAAUCAUUGACCGCUUGAGUGAUUUGGCAAACAGAGAUGUUGUGCAAAUAACCUACACUGAAGCGAUAGAUCUACUGUCUCGAGCAAAUAAGAAAUUUGAAUUCCCGGUGAAAUGGGGUUGUGAUCUGCAAAGUGAACAUGAGCGUUAUAUAACUGAAGAGGCAUUUGGUGGUUGCCCUGUUAUAAUUAGAGACUAUCCGAAGGAUAUCAAAGCAUUCUAUAUGCGGCAGAAUGAUGAUGGAAGGACAGUUGCAGCCAUGGACAUGUUGGUUCCAAAGAUUGGUGAACUUAUUGGUGGAAGCCAAAGAGAAGAACGGCUUGAGUAUCUCGAAGCCCGCUUAGAUGAUUUAAAGCUAAAUAAGGAUGCUUAUUGGUGGUAUCUUGACUUGCGUCGUUAUGGUUCAGUGCCUCAUGCAGGGUUUGGUUUGGGGUUUGAGAGAUUAGUGCAGUUUGCAACAGGAAUGGACAAUAUAAGGGAUGCCAUUCCCUUUCCUCGUACACCUGCCUCCGCUGAGUUUUAGACCCUUGCAUAUAUAUGGACAGAAUCUACAUUCAUUUUAUUUUAUACGAACUUCUAUUUUUUAGAGUAGAGGUUAAGGGCAACUAAUUGUAUUCUUUAUCUGCACAACAAUAUUAAAAACAAUGUAUUUUGAGCAAUAUAAAUUAUAGAAUCUCUACUUGAAAAAAAAAGGGUUGUUUCUUGCUA